CACACACACACACACACACACACACACACUGAGAGAAGAGCAGCAACAUCAGCAGGAGUCUGUUGUGGAAGAGGCUGUCAGCUGAAGAUCUCGUCUGGGAUUUUGCUGUUGUAAUAUUAAUGAACAUCUCUGAUUUACACCAUCCCAUUUGAUCCCUUUACAUCUGAACCACUCCCAGCAGCCUGUUCUCCUCUCCCAGCGAAUCAGGCAUAGAGAUGUCUCUCUAUAAAGAACUUUAAGUCAAACUGAAAGUUAUGUUUUAAGACACCCCACAUCUGUUGCCUUACAAAGAAACAACACAAGGUCACAUAAAAAAAUAGACUCCCUACAUGGGAGAGUCCUGCUUCAAUCAAACUGAGGCCUUUAAAGAUCACCCCAUUCACACUGCAGUCUCCCAUCUCCGGCUGACCCUCCACACUCAACCUUCUGCCAGGAUGAGUGACUCACAGGAAGCGACGUCCCCCGUGGCAGGCAUAGGAGGCCCUGUUGCUUGCGUAUCCAAGGUGGAGCUGCGUGUUUCCUGCAGGUCCCUGUUGGACAGAGACACGCUCAAUAAAUCUGACCCCUGCGUCAUGCUCAUGGUACAGAACCAAGGUCAAUGGACUGAACUGGACCGUACUGAGGUGAUCAAGAGUAACCUGAAUCCGGUCUUUGCCAAAGUCUUAAUGCUGGACUACUACUUUGAGGAAGUACAGAAACUGCGUUUUGAAGUCUACGACAUUCACGGGACUCACAGUAUUGGAACGCGAGAUGACGACUUCCUCGGUGGUGUGGAGUGCACGCUUGGACAGAUAGUGGCCCAAAAAAAGAUGGUGAAACCUCUGUUGCUGAAAUAUGGAAAAUAUGCUGGAAAAUCCACUAUCACAAUUCACGCAGAAGAGAUUUCUGGGAACAAUGGCUAUGUGGAGCUUUCCUUCUGUGCCAAGAAGUUAGAUGAUAAGGAUCUCUUCAGCAAGUCAGAUCCAUUCUUGGAGAUUUAUCGGAUCAAUGAUGAUGAAACAGAACAGCUUGUACACAGAACUGAAGUGAUUAAAAACAAUCUGAACCCUGUGUGGGAACCCUUUAAGGUGUCUCUCAUUUCUCUGUGCAGCUGUGACGAUGAAAGGAAGUUGAAGUGCUUAGUCUGGGACUAUGACUCGAGGGGAAAGCAUGAUUUCAUUGGCGAAUUCUACACUAAUUUCAAAGAAAUGCAGAAGAUUUCCUCAGGGAACAAGGUCACAUGGGACUGCAUCGAUCCAAAAUACAAACUGAAGAAGAAGAACUACAAGAACUCUGGUUUGGUUAUUCUCAGCGAUCUCAAGCUUCACAGAGUCUAUUCCUUCCUGGACUACAUCAUGGGAGGCUGCCAAAUACACUUCACAGUUGCCAUUGACUUCACAGCGUCCAAUGGGGACCCUCGCAAUAGCUGUUCCCUGCACUACAUCAACCCAUAUCAGCCGAAUGAGUAUCUGAAAGCUUUGAUAGCCGUGGGGGAGAUCUGCCAGGAUUAUGACAGUGACAAACGAUUCUCUGCUUUGGGAUUCGGGGCAAGAAUUCCACCUAAAUAUGAGGUGUCUCAUGACUUUGCCAUAAAUUUCAACACGGAGGACGAUGAAUGUGAAGAGAUCCAGGGGGUUGUGGAAGCCUACCAAAACUGCCUGCCCAAGAUCCAGCUCUACGGUCCCACUAAUGUGGCUCCCAUCAUCAGCAGAAUAGCUAAGCUGGCGGCUGGGAAAGAGCCCAUCAAAGAUGCUUCUCUGUAUCAUAUCCUGCUGAUCCUCACAGACGGGGUGGUGACAGACAUGGCCGAUACACGGGAGGCCAUUGUUCGGGCCUCCUACCAGCCAAUGUCCAUCAUCAUAGUGGGAGUGGGGAACGCUGACUUCACGGACAUGGAGAUCCUUGAUGGGGAUGAUGGAGUCCUGCGCUCACCCAAAGGGGAACCCGUCUUGAGGGACAUCGUCCAGUUUGUGCCCUUCAGAGACUUUAAAACGGCUUCACCAGCUGCACUGGCAAAGUGUGUCCUAGCGGAGGUGCCUAAACAGGUAGUGGAGUACUUCAGUCACAAGGCCAUACCGCCGAUAAACCCAGUGCUGAAUUCAACCCCCAACUCCAUCGCCAACACACCUGAAUAACACUCAGCCUGCGGUCCAGUCCAGUGACAGGGCUGCCCUGCCACAACAUACAGUAUACACUGUCAUCCUGACUACGUUUUGUUCAUUCAAAAAGCGGUUUGGAUCAUGGUCUCCGGAUCUUGCCCUUUACACCAUUACUGCUGUCCAAGCAUGCAAACUGGAGUCCUUUUCCCCUCUGCUUUUCAUAAGAGCAGAAAGAACAUUGAAUUCCCAUCAGGACCAGGCCUUCUGAUCCCCGCUGACUCUUUUCAACUUCACACGGCCACUCCUGCUUUCUGCUGUUUUGUAUGCCUUUCAGAGCUUCGCCUGCUCUGCCUGUUUUCAUUUCUGGACUUCGGAGAACUGAAACAGAUAUGUCAAAAAACAUACAGUACUGUGUAAAAUGAAGACUUAAUCUAUAGAUAAUAGCAUGUAUGUUCACGAAACGAGUUUGCUUUGGUUUUGCUGCACAAGUAUGCAUAGUUAAUUGCUAAAAUCAUCAUUUUUGUGUAAAGAUAAUGGGUGUGUGAGAAUGGCCAUCAAAUGACUAAUUAGUCAGGAUGACUAGUUUUAAAUAUUUUAGUGGUGGUGCUUGAAUUAGCAUGCUGACAGAGCGCUGUUCAGUUUGUAACGAUAAAACCCUUUUGGAUAAGCUGCAUCUUCAAGUCCAUCGCCUUUAAGACACCGGCAACACAGCCAUUCACAUGCAAACAGGUCUUUGGUUGAUGUUUCGUGAUGUUUUUUAAGCAUCUAGCACCAUGAACAUUAUUAAGGAGCAAAUUAAAAAGAGUUGUUUAUGGAAAAAUACAUUUUAAAAUGUUGCAGUCAGUUUCAUUCUGUUGUGUCGAGCAUGAAUGUGUCUGAUGUCAACACCUGCUUACAAACAUGUCUAAUUAGUGGACAUGAAAUAAGCUAACAGAAAUGAUACAGGACUUCUUCAAGAAAUAUUAUUUGAAUUGUCAGUAAGUUGCCUGAGAAAAUGUUGAAAUUUUCACAUUCUGUCUACAAAUCUGUGUCAAUGCACUGAUUCAAAUUAUUUUAUCGCUUGUUUAAAUUAUUUGUGGAAACACUUGAACAUUGCCAAGAGGAAAAAAAAAAUGCCACAGGCACUCAAUCACGAGAGAAGUGCACAAAUCUCUGCUCUUAUUAAAAAGACGAAGUGUGUAUUUUCUGAGCCUAUAGAAGAACCAAAAUGAUUUCUUAAUGCUGUAAUUCUGUUGUUUUCAGACCAUUUUAAAUACACUCUCCUCUGUCACUACACUAUAAUCUGUCAUUAGUGGGCCAAACAAAUAGUCCCACCCCAACCUCACUCCACAUAUGUAUGGCAUGUCUACCCUUGUGAAAAAGAAGUAAACUUGUCUCAACAGUGCUUUUAAUGUAAAAAAAAAAAAAAAAAAAUAU